AUGCGAACCUUGAAAGAUGAUGCAAGGCUGAGCAGCUGCUUCAAUUAUUCGUACAAGGCUGUAUGCGCACUGAGCUCCGGUGCAGUUGUAGUGACCAGUUACCCACUAAACGAGCUCCCACAGCACUGGACCGUAGCGCUGCGCUGCCUGGUUCUGGUUCGUCUCUCCCAGCCGACGAUUACCCAGCCCGACCCCAAUGCAGUGACCCUUGUUCCAAUCGGGUUGAUGAAGGAAAUGCUUCUGCUACCAGAGCUUGACGACACCCGCGGCGAUUCCCCCGCAGGCGCAGCGCCUCUUCCCGCCACCUACGACUCGAAGCGCGCAGCGUUUCCCCCCUAUAAGAACCCGGCGACCUCACCUCAUCAACGCGUGCGUUUCGGACGAUUACAGCCUUAUUUGCAAGGGCAUAUCUGGUUUUUAGCGACGCUGCCACCUCGGAGGUGCGGAGACGGCGACCAUGGCAAACAGGAUAUCACAGUAUACCAUGACAUCAAGGGACGGCGACAGUCAGAAUGGCGAGCCCAAGAGGAACUUGUGGACUUCAAUGCUAGAGUCAGUGGCCAGCGGCAAGAGAUUACCGGAAAAGAACCUUUUGGUCUUGGGUAUGGAGGCAUCCUCGUGGCUGGAACAUUUCCACCUUGUCGGCGGGAUUCACUGACCGUUUCCCCUUCAGGAGGCACUCCGGAAUCGCAACGGGAGUUUCUGGACUCGCUGUCAGGAUCCGAACCGAGGCGCAACUUUGACCGGCAAAAGAUUCCCCCGAUUGCGAACAACUACGCCCUGGGCUAUACUUAUUAUGAUGUUCUCGACGCGGAUCAAGAUGACACACUUGCUCGAGUUUCCCUCUAUCUCCUUUCCCAGCCCUCGGGCGAGUUUUCGUCGCUCAUCGCUCCCUUGCUUACGCCCGAGACGAUACCAAACACUGCACUGGUAAUACUGUUGGACUGGUCGCACCCGCAUUUGUGGCUGCGUCAGAUCUGGACAUGGCUGCAGGUGUUCCAGGAAGUCCUAGAGCACAUAAGCAGAGAUGUGCAAACAGAGAUGGAGGAGGUCAUGAACAAUUGGAAAGAGAGGGGAAGGGGAGGCUCGUCGGUCAACCUGGACGGCACUCCAUCCGCCACCGUCGCCAAUGGCGAUAGCAAUGGUUCAUUACCGCUUGGGCCGGGCGAAUGGACUGAGCCUCUUGGGCUGCCGUUGUGUGUUGUGUGUCAAAACUCGCAAAAGAUCGACUUUUUAGAGAAGAGCAAAGGGUGGAAAGAACCGGACUUUGACGGAGUGCUACAGAAUUUGCGAACAGUCCUGCUGAGACACGGCGCUUCACUCAUAUACACAUCACAAAGCGCCGCAUCUCAACUCCCCAUUCUUAUACACUCAACUCUCGGCAUCACUUCUCUUUUGAAACGCCAACCCCUGAAACACAACGUCAUCGACCGAGAUAAGAUUGUCGUCCCCCCGAACUGGGAUUCUUGGGGCAAGAUUAGAGUUCUGGGCGGCUCGUUCGACACGGAAAAGGUGUCGCAGUACUGGUCCGAGGACAUCAAGAUUCCCCUCGGCGCCCCUCCCCCAACCCUAGCCCUGCCCGACCCCGAAGACGACGACGACAACGGCUCGAACCAGCUACCUCAAGUCGAGAGCGCCAUCGCGCUCUACGAAGACUGGUGCAGAGAUCCGAAUAGUGGAGGACUCGCCCUCGUGGAGAGCGCCAUGAACGACGGCACGGAGGUGGCUGUCGAAAGUGAAGACACGCAGGACUUUCUCGAACGACAGCUCAAGAUUCUGGAGGCGUACAAGUCAAAAGCGCCGGAGAAAUCGACGGACAGUGCCGCCUCUAGCUCGACGAGGAGAAUCGACUAUGAUGAAAAGACUGUCAAUGAGCAUAUCGGUCCCGUGCAGUUCAAUAUGGGCGGCAUUCAAGUUGACGCUGACGAUAUGCUGCAGCGCCUUAAGGACCGCAAUGCACACAUCGCGGCUGACGUUCCCUCCGUCGAGCCAGAAGGCGCAGUCAGCAACAUGGCCAAGGACUUUGACAAUGAACAGCUACAUGAUUUCUUCUCGGGCCUGAUGAACAGGACGGCCGGGGCCGCUGACGGAGGGCGCUGA